GAUCGUUCUCGAGUGUAGCUUGAGGCCUUGAAAAAGAAGAGGAAAAUGGAGGAAAACAAGAUGGAGAAGAAAGUGAUGGUGGCAAUAGACGAGAGCGAGUGCAGCCACUGGGCUCUCCAGUGGGCUCUUGAAAACCUCGGUCACACCAUCUCUGCUUCUCAGCUUUUCAUCUUUAACGCUCAGCCUUUGCACAAUUUUGCUUACCUCUCUGCUUCCACCUACGGUGCUCCUCCUGUGGAUUUGAUCAACACCGUGCAAGAAAACCAGAAGAGGCUCGCUUUAGCUUUGUUGGAGAAAGCCAAGGGCAUCUGCGCCAAUCGUGGGGUUGAUGCAGAAACUAUGACAGAAGUUGGGGACCCUAAAGAGAAAAUAUGUGAAGCUGUGGAAAAGCUCAACAUUGAGUUGCUUAUAUUGGGAAGCCAUGGUCGAGGAGCAAUACAGAGGGCUUUUCUGGGAAGUGUCAGUAAUCACUGUGUUCACAAUGCUAAGUGCCCUGUUCUUGUGGCAAUUACUUUAAAGGUUACCACUACAAAGUUUCAUUUUGUUGGGCAAACAAUUGCAUUUGGCGAUGAGUUAGGAGAGCAUGUGAGGAAACUUGGACUUUUUGUGAACCAAUAAAUUGUUGAUUCACAAGAUUUGAGGAGACAUAGUUGCUUUCGGUUUUGGGAAUUUCCCAACCGUAAACGCAAAAAAAGUUAUUAAACAUAUCCAAAUUUUGAACAUGUAUUGUGUUAAAAUUUACUAUAACUUUAGUUAGGGGAUCAUCUCUAGAUUGAUGACAACUUGCCUAAAGCCUUUGUUGGAUGGA